GCAUUACAUGACUAUUCUACCUAACCUACUCGUUCAUCCGCCUCAUUCUUCUCUCCUCAGAGGCUUUGAGCUCAUCCAAAUGCCCGAAAACAUAGCACUCUAAUUUUAGAACCCCAAAACCAAAAACCAACCACGCAUAUACACAAAACACAACGCGCGCACACAAAUGGAUAAUCAACCAAAACACUCCUCUAUUGGAUCCAAUCUUGCCUGUCUCUCCUUACUCUUGGCUUGUGCUGUUUAUCUUUGUAUAUGGUCUUCUUCAUCCUCCCUCAUAAACCCUCUCUUUAGCUUUCAGAAACAUGAUGCCCAAUGCCCGUCAAAGAACCCAACCACCACUACAUUUAAUGUGGCUCCAGAUGAGCUUUUGGCCACCCUAGACAAGGCCUCGAUUGGCAACAAGACUGUGAUCAUUGCUGUUAUAAACAAGGCCUACGCAGUCCAAGAGGUCAAGGCAGACACCACCAUGCUUGACCUUUUCAUCGAGAGCUUUUGGCAAGGGGAGGACACUAGGCAUCUGCUUGAUCAUCUUGUGCUCGUGGCGGUUGAUCAGACGGCCUACGAUCGCUGCCAGUUUCUGAGGCUCAACUGCUACCGGCUGGAAACGGACAGUGUUGAUUUUGGGGGAGAGAAGCUUUACAUGUCUCAAGAUUUCAUCAAGAUGAUGUGGAGAAGAACUUGGUUUCUGUUGGAGGUUCUAAAACGCGGUUACAGCUUCAUAUUCACGGACACUGAUGUUUUGUGGCUAAGGAACCCGUUCUCAAGACUAAGCCAGAACGAAACUGAGGAUUUACAAAUAAGCACAGAUAUGUUCUUUGGAGAUCCAUGGAACGAAACACUAAUCAACACUGGCUUCUACCACAUCAGAUCGAACAACAAGACCAUUGCACUGUUUGAUAGAUGGUACAACAUGAAGGACAAUGCCACGGGACAGAAAGAGCAGGAUGUCCUAUUAGACCUAAUCCGAGGGGGCAUCAUUGGGCAGCUGGGACUUAAGGUUAGGUUCUUGGACACCCUCUAUUUCAGUGGCUUUUGCCAAGAUAGCAAGGACUUUGGGGCAGUGACCACUGUCCAUGCCAACUGUUGCCGGAGCAUCGUGGCCAAGGUUAAGGACUUGAAGGCUGUCCUCCGGGACUGGAAGCAGUUCAAGAAGACCACGGCCCAGAAAACAACUGCCGGUCUAGCAGCAGAUGGUUUCCAAUGGUCUGGCCACUGGGGAUGCUGGAAUUCAUGGAAAGUUCCUAAUGACACUGGGAAAGCAAAUCAUAAGGCAUGAAUGGUCUAAAGAGAAAGAUUAAUCAUAAAAGAAACCAAUAGGUUUUU